AUGAAAAAUUUGCAUAAAAAAGAGAAAUCAUCUGAUAAUGCGUCGCAGCCGUUGCUCCCUGAUAUGGAUACAUCAGACCGCACUGUUAUUGACGAAUACCACAAGCAGAAAACUUUUUGGGAGAAAACCAAAGAAUUGAUCGUCACGACGCAGGAGGUCUACAGUGGUGGCUCCAGAGACAACGAGAGGAAAGGGGAGGUCGAGUCACUUUACAUGGAGGAAAGAGUUGUCAGGGUGAUUAAAGAUUCACUUUCCAGUAAGGAUGGAAAUCGCCUUAAGGAGGCUAUAGCGGCCAUAGUGGAACAAGAACACGAAGAUCGAAGACACCAAUGUGGGUCAUGGAAAAUCAGAUGGAAAGAGUGCGUUGCGUCGUCGGUCACUGAACAGAUUAACAGGUUGCCCAAAUUUUCACAGGAGGCUCCAGGCUGCUCUUUGUCCCAAGUAUUAGUCACUCUGGGAAAGACGAUAAAGAGCGGUCUAACCCAUGUCAUCGAAAACCUGAAACCUCAUUACCCAGAGGACUUUGACGUAGCAACUACAUACGCUCUACAGUAUCACCAGCAUCUCCAGUCUGAACUAAGCCUGAUUACGGAGUAUGAGCUGUACAUUAAUGACAUCCACGUCCUGCUGAGCUUCACCCAUAGCAUCUAUCCUAGCAGCAUCCUGAGAGAUCCAGUUCUGAUCAAUCACAUAAAUGUCCCUCAACUGGAGGAACUUCUACCUUCAGAAAAGGUCUGCCAUCUUGAAAAGAUGUAUAUACUUGAUCAAAAGAUUUAUGACAGCGGAAUGAAUGCAGCUAAAGGAAUAUCAGAUGAUUUUGCAAACAAGGUGACACCGAUCCUGGCAACUGAAUUCCUUGAAUUCCUCCAAAGCUAUAAAAUUUCAAUUGGCAAUCAUUGUGAAAAGAACAAAUCAAAGCUGCAUUUUAUGGACAUCAUCAUUGCCAACCUCAACUGCUGCGACCAUUUCAGGGUCUUUAUUGAACGUGCAAGUGCUGGAGAAGACAUAAAGCAGAAAAUCUAUAUGAUCCUUGGUGAGAUUGAAGAUCAAGGUUUCAGCGUUCUCCUGAAGGAUUUGUUUCAAAACAUGCAAGUGAUGGCUGGCAAGGUCCAUAUGCAUCUGGUCAUUGAAUAUCUAACAUACAUGAAGGAUAUUAGGCAAUGCGAUAUAGAUGAACAGAAAGCUCUGGCUGCUCAAAUGCACAGAACAGCGGAUCUCCUCCAUCACUUCUGUACUGAUCAUCUAAGCGACACACAACUGUCUAAAGCCACAUGGGCAAACAACGCCAUCUGCAAGGUGGCAGAGAUCCUACAACUUCAGGAUUUGGACGCAAUUAAACUGGAUGUAGGUGUACUCGCUAACGAAUACCCAGAUAUCAGGAAGCGCCAUGUAAAUUCCUUCUUAUGCAUCAAAAACAACUUGAAGUCGUCCGAGAGGAUGUCAGUAGUGCAAAUAAUGGAGGGCCUCGCAGGCGAAGAUCCGCUAAGCAGACGUCUGUUCACGUUUAUCCCAUGUAUGCCAUGUUUUUGGCCAUUUUAA